GCAAUAGCAGUUGCCUUUGCCGCGUCGCGCAUUUACUGCCGCCCUCCACCACAAAUCCACCGCUUCCCACCUACCGACGGAAGAACGAAGCACGCAGCCUCCGGCCGUCACGCGAGCCACGUUUCCCCCUUCUUCUUCUUCUUCUUCUUCUUCUUCUGCUCUGCCUCUGCUGCGGCGGCGCCGGCGCGUGGUGAUUAGUUGAGUUCGAGAUGGAUUCGGCGGCGGGGCCGAUGGAGCUGGUGGCGGCGCUGCUGCGCGGGGUGACGCCGGCGGAGCUGGCGGGCGGCGUGGCGGCGGGGGAGAGGGCCGAGGUCAGGGCGCUCCUCGCCACGCUGGCGGCCGCCGUGCUCGGGUGCGCGCUGCUCGUGCUGUGGCGGAGGACGGCGGCGGGCAAGAAGCGGAGGGAGGCGGACAAGGUGGCCGCCGCGGCGCCCGGGAUGCAGGGGAAGGCCAAGGGCGGCAAGGAGGAGCCCAAGGAUGAUGGGAGGAAGAGGGUCGCUGUCUUCUUCGGCACGCAGACCGGCACCGCCGAGGGGUUCGCUAAGGCACUCGCUGAGGAGGCAAAAGCAAGAUAUGACAAAGCAACUUUUAAAGUUGUCGACUUGGAUGAUUAUGCGGCAGAGGAUGAGGAAUAUGAAGAGAAAAUAAAGAAGGAGAAACUAGCAUUGUUCUUUGUUGCGACGUAUGGAGAUGGUGAGCCCACUGACAAUGCUGCUAGGUUCUACAAAUGGUUCACCGAGGGAAAUGAUAGAGGUGUCUGGUUGAAUGACCUCCAGUAUGGUGUGUUUGGUCUUGGCAAUCGACAGUAUGAGCAUUUCAAUAAGGUUGCAAAAGUGGUUGAUGAGCUCCUAACCGAGCAAGGUGGAAACCGCCUUGUUCCUGUUGGUCUCGGAGAUGAUGAUCAAUGCAUCGAGGAUGACUUCAAUGCAUGGAAAGAGGCUCUCUGGCCAGAGUUAGAUCGGUUACUUCGGGAUGAAAAUGAUGUUCCCACAGGCACUACAUACACAGCUGCCGUUCCUGAAUACCGGGUUGAAUUUGUUAAGCCUGAGGAGGCAUCUCGCUUGGACAGAAACUUUAGUCUUGCAAAUGGUCAUUCUGUGUAUGAUGCUCAGCAUCCUUGCCGGGCUAAUGUGGCAGUGUGUCGGGAACUCCACUCUCCUGCUUCUGAUCGUUCAUGCACUCACUUGGAAUUUGACAUUGCUGGCACCGGUCUUACGUAUGAAACUGGUGACCAUGUUGGUGUAUACACAGAAAACUGCCCUGAGGUUGUAGAGGAGGCAGAGAGAUUGUUAGGCUACUCCCCAGACACAUAUUUCACCAUCCAUGCAGACAAAGAGGAUGGUAAACCACUAGAUGGUGGUUCUCUUCCUCCUCCUUUCCCUUCCCCAAUCACUGUGAGGAAUGCAUUGGCUCGAUAUGCUGAUCUUCUGAAUUCACCAAAGAAGAGUGCUUUGGUUGCAUUAGCUACUUAUGCUUCAGAUCCUGCUGACGCUGACCGUCUAAAGUUCUUGGCAUCUCCUGCUGGGAAGGAUGAGUAUGCUCAGUGGGUUGUUGCGAGUCAGAGGAGCCUAUUGGAAGUCAUGGCAGAGUUCCCUUCUGCGAAGCCUCCACUAGGAGUUUUCUUUGCAGCAGUUGCUCCUCGUCUUCAACCAAGAUACUACUCAAUUUCUUCUUCACCUAGCAUGGCACCGACCAGGAUCCAUGUAACAUCCGCGCUUGUGCAUGAAACAACUCCUGCUGGAAGAGUACAUAAGGGAGUCUGCUCAACUUGGAUCAAGAACGCUAAUCCAGCGGAAGAGAGUUGGGCUCCAGUUUUUGUGAGGCAAUCAAACUUCAAACUUCCUGCUGAUCCAUCAGUGCCAAUUAUCAUGAUUGGCCCAGGAACAGGUCUUGCACCUUUCCGUGGCUUCUUGCAGGAGAGGUUGGCUCAAAAAGAAUCUGGAGCUGAGCUUGGUCGGUCAGUCUUCUUCUUUGGAUGCAGAAACAGCAAAAUGGACUUCAUCUAUGAAGAUGAGCUAAACAACUUCCUUGAGCAAGGAGCAUUGUCUGAGUUGGUGCUCGCCUUCUCUCGUGAGGGCUCCACUAAGGAAUAUGUGCAGCACAAAAUGGCACAGAAAGCAUCCGACAUCUGGGACGUUAUCUUCCAGGGUGGUUACAUUUACGUUUGCGGUGAUGCCAAAGGCAUGGCCAGAGAUGUACAUAGAGUUCUCCACACCAUUGUUCAGGAACAGGGAUCGCUUGACAGUUCGAAGGCUGAGAGCUUUGUGAAGAACCUCCAGACGGAAGGUAGAUAUCUGAGGGAUGUAUGGUAAGAAGCGAUCCCCGGGACACAAAAAAUGCCCCAUAUUCAUGGGCGACAAACAUUCAUUCAUCAAAUUACCGAAGAUUCAAGAAACAAGUAUUACUGGACGAUGACUAACACGGGACUAAGAUUAAAUGUUUUAAGAGGCUUCAUGUUCUCCUUUUCUCUUCUUUCUUUUUUUUGUUUGUAAGAUUACUAGAGAGGUCUUUGUGCCUGUGUAUUAUAUAUUCUUUUGGGUCAUUUUUAUGUAUAAGAUGAGGACAAUUUUGGCAAUAAGCCUAUGACAAUGUCAUGAUACUGAUUCUAGUUGGUGUGUCAAAUAUGGUGUUGAGGCCCAGCA